GUGUGUGUGUGUGUGUGUUACAAAAUGCGCUUUUCAAAGGGCUGAGAGGUGGAUGGGAAUGUUUGCUUAGCUCCUCUGAGAAGAGAAAAGGUGCUUGGACCUCUGCUUGUUUCUUCUUUAGAAUAAUUUGGAUGGAAUUUGUGAUGCAGAAAAGCUUAAAGAAAAAGGGAUAGUCAUUCUGUGUGGUGGAAAAUUUUUGCAAAAACUAAUUCCUUUCUUCAAACAAGGGUGCCAUUUUGAUAUUUAUGGGGAUUGUUGUUCUCACUAUGAAGGCAUCUGUUAUUGAAAUGUUCCUUGUUUUGCUGGUGACUGGAAUACAUUCCAAUAAAGAAAUGACUAAGAAGAUUAAAAGGCCCAAGUUCACUGUGCCUCAGAUCAACUGUGAUGUCAAAGCUGGAAAGAUAAUCAAUCCUGAGUUCAUUGUGAAAUGUCCAGCAGGAUGCCAAGACCCCAAGUACCAUGUUUAUGGCACUGGAAUCUACGCGUCUUACUCCAGUGUGUGUGGCGCCGCGGUGCACAGUGGUGUGCUCGAUAAUUCAGGAGGAAAAAUACUUGUUCAGAAAGUGGCAGGACAGUCCGGUUACAAAGGGAGUUUCUCCAAUGGUGUUCAGUCCUUAUCCCUACCAAGAUGGAGAGAAUCCUUCAUCGUCUCAGAAAGUAAACCCCAAAAGGGUGUAACCUACCCAUCAACUCUUACAUAUUCAUCAUCCAAAAGCCCAGAUGCCAAAGCAGGCGAGACCACAAAAGCCUAUCAAAGGCCAUCUGCUCCAGGGACAACUGCACAGCCAGUCACCCUGAUGCAGAUUCUGGCUAUGCCAGCAGCUGAGGUCACCCACGCCACAUUGCCAAAGCCAUUCCCAUUUGCAACCUCUGCCACCAGCAGCCCCAGACCUCAGCCUGUGGGCCACGGGAGCUGGGAAAUGGGUACCCAAAAACAGGAUUCUCCUGGAGUUGCCUUCCAGGAACCCAUGGGAGCAGAUGUCGGCCUCGGAGAAAUGGACUUAUGGAAGCCUGGACCAGUCCUUUUAGAUGCAGGAUUUAUUCCAAAAGAAGAAUUAAGCACACAGUCUUCGGAGCCAGUAUCCCAGGGAGAUCCAAACUGCAAAGUAGACUUGUCAUUUUUAAUUGAUGGGAGCUCCGGCAUUGGCAAACGUCGAUUCCAAAUCCAGAAGCAAUUCCUGGCUGACAUCGCCCAGGCCCUUGACAUUGGCCCUGCUGGUCCUCUGAUGGGUGUGGUUCAGUAUGGUGACAACCCUGCUACCCAGUUUAACCUCAAAACUCACAUGAAUUCUCGAGACCUGAAGACAGCUAUUGAGAAAAUUACCCAGAGAGGAGGGCUUUCUAAUGUAGGCCGGGCCAUCUCCUUUGUGACCAAGACCUUCUUUUCCAAAGCCAAUGGAAACAGAGGUGGUGCUCCCAAUGUGGCCGUAGUGAUGGUGGAUGGUUGGCCCACAGACAAAGUGGAGGAGGCUUCAAGGCUUGCAAGAGAAUCAGGAAUCAACAUUUUCUUCAUCACUGUGGAAGCUGCUGCGGAAAAUGAGAAGCAGUAUGUGACGGAGCCCAACUUUGCCAACAAGGCUGUGUGCAGAACCAAUGGCUUCUACUCGUUCAACGUGCAGAGCUGGUUGGGCCUCUCCAAGACCAUGCAGCCCCUGAUAAAGCGGGUCUGUGAUACCGACCGCCUGGCCUGCAGCAAGACCUGCUUAAACUCAGCCGACAUUGGCUUUGUCAUUGACGGCUCCAGCAGCGUGGGGACAGGCAACUUCCGCACGGUCCUGCAGUUUGUGGCCAACAUCAGCAAGGCGUUUGAGAUUUCAGACACAGACACACGUAUCGGGGCCGUGCAGUACACCUAUGAGCAACGGCUGGAGUUUGGGUUUGACAAGUACAGCACCAAGCCCGACAUCCUCAACGCCAUCAAGAGGGUGGGGUACUGGAGUGGUGGCACCAGCACUGGUGCUGCCAUCCACUAUGCCCUGGAGCAGCUCUUCAAGAAGUCCAAGCCCAACAAGAGGAAGCUGAUGAUCCUCAUCACCGACGGCAGGUCCUACGACGACGUGCGGAUACCAGCCAUGGCCGCCCAUCAGAAGGGUGUGAUCACCUAUGCAAUAGGGGUUGCGUGGGCUGCACAGGACGAACUGGAGAUCAUUGCCACUCACCCUGCCAGAGACCACUCCUUCUUUGUGGAUGAGUUUGACAACCUGCACAAAUCCGUCCCCAGGAUCAUCCAGAACAUUUGUACAGAGUUCAAUGCACAGCCGCGGAACUGAAUUCAGAGCAGCAAAGCAUAGCAAAUGCUGCCCUACUAACUGGCUCUUUGGACCAUCCCUGUGCUUUCUGGGGGCACCCACAGGGUGGCGAGUCUUGGGGAGGGCUUGGGCAAACAAGAUGCAUUUCUGUUCUUUGCCACUGCAAUUCUCAUAUGUCAAAAUUUGGCACUGGAAAUAUGAUCAUCGACUUACAGAUUGAAUCAAAAUGAUACGUCAGUUUUAGGGUGCUGAGGAUUUACAUUUUGACAGUUGUUUUCAAAAUCCAUGUUCAGAAGAGAGUGCAGCACUUAUUGACAGGCUUAAAUGGAGCUUUUGUGAGAAUUUUUUAUUUUUAUUUCUCAUAGAACUCUGUAACCCUCAACAAGUUUCAUUUUGUCAUGACAGUGUAGGAGUUGCUUAAUUAAAUGUUUAAAAGGA